CAAAAAGUGUUGAUUCAUGGAAAACAAUACCGUUGUCUAAGUGUGUGUUAGCUUGGAUUAAAAAACAGUAUUAAAAUUUCAUUUAAGGAAGAACCAGAUCAUUCCACUACUAAGACUAGAAAAUGUCUCAGCCUGUUACCAGUCAACCACAGGGCCAGGGCACACCAGGAUAUGGUACUAACCCACAAGCUGGUUAUGGCGCUCUACCAGGCCAAUAUGGAGCUCCACCAGGCCAAUAUGGAGCUCCAACAGGCCAAUACGGAGCACUACCAGGCCAAUAUGGAGCACCGCCAGGCCAAUAUGGAGCACCACCAGGCCAAUACGGGUCUCCUCCAGGAUAUCAGCAUCAGAACCAGCAGUAUACCCAGGGUCAACCUCAAAUGCAGCCAAUUCUUGGACAACCCGUUCAGUGGAUGAAUCGUCCUCAGGCGAUUCCUGGUUGUCCGCCGGGCUUGGAGUAUCUCACACAGCUAGACCAGCUACUCAUAAAACAACAGAAGGAAGUUCUCGAAAAAUCUGGUGAGUGCACUAGACAGUGCUGUGGCUCCGAUUGUGGAUUUAUUAUGCAUAUUACUGACAACAUGGGACAGGAGGUUAUCCGAGUACAGAGAGAGUUCAAGUGUUGUGCGGGUUGUUGCUGGUGUGCCGAUGUUGAUUGCUGUGCUUACUUCCUGACCGUUGAGUCGCCUGUCGAAAACCCAAUCGGAUAUGUCAGACAGAUGAAAAGCUGCUGGAAAGCACAGUAUGCUAUUCUUGAUGUUUACAUGAAUAUGGUUCUCCAGAUUAAGGGCCCAUGCUGUAUUUGUGAUGGACCUUGCUGCACCUGGGAUCAGGAAUUCAAUGUUUUCUCUAGAGAUGAGAGUACAAAGGUCGGUAAGAUCAGUAAACAGUGGCCUGGGCUAUUUAAAGAGAUCUUUACUGAUGCUGACAACUUCGGUGUUACAUUUCCAGUGAAUCUUGAUGUAAAAAUGAAGGCAAAUCUUCUGGCAGCUGUCUUUCUUAUUGAUUUCGUGUUUUUUGAGAUGUCACAGAGCCUACUUCAAUAGGGCUAAACUAACAGACUGAUUGAAAUUAUACCAGCAUUCCAAUAUGUUUCAUGUGUGUAAUGUUGUGCUUUUUGAUGUGUAAUCUACAUUUAGUGUAAUAUUCUUUGUGGAAGUCAGAUCACGUGCAUGUAUCUGGGACGUGUUCAGGAGGCAGAGCGCUUGACAAUUUGACAUGUACCAUGUCUUCUGUCCCAUCACAUUCAUCUAAUUGUGGGCGCAGAAACCAGUCUAGUGAGGGACCGCGAUCACUCACUCUCUUGAACUCACCUCUGCUGAUUGGUGUUUAACAAAUACAUCAGAAAUAUUUCGGAACUUUAAAUAGAUUGCAAACCCAAAUAUUAGGGUUGGAGAUGUUGGUUUUUUGGGGGUGUGUUUUUUUAAAAAUAUAGGCUCUUGUUAAAACCUCACACCCAAGGUGAAUAUAUUUUAUUACUGUAUUGUAUAGAAAUCUUUGAGGACCGCUGUUUUUGUUAUAUGGGUAAAAACGCCGGCAUUGUCAACUUUCGAAAAAUAUGAUUCGACAGCAUUUAUUUUUUUCACGGUGCUUUUAAAAUAGUUAUCAACCCUAUACUAUGUGUAUUUAAAUGAAAUAUUAUUAAAUUUUACCAAGUAUAUUUUUAAAAACCCGGUCAAACCCAGGAAUUGAUUUUAAGAAAACAAAACACGUUACGCUAUUUUGACCUAUUUAUAGAAUAGAAAGACAAAUGACGUUUGUUAUAAAUAUAACUGCCAGGCGGUUUUCGCCCGACCGAAGCAAAAUAGACCGCGGUCCGUAACAAAUUCGCUGAGUUAUGUGAGAUUAAAGUUGUGUGCACAGAAUCCAUUACCAACACACAAAAAACCCGUUACUAUUUGUAAACAUCACUUAAAUAAUGAGAAGAAGGCAGUCAAAAGCCACAUAGCAAUGGUACCAGUCCUUGCCAGUAUUCACAGACAUUCCAAAAGCCGAUGAGUACAAUUUUGUUUGUUUUGGCCCCCAAAAUUCAAUUUAUUCCAAAAUGCCAAUAACGAAAUUUAAAUCGUCUAGAACAAGUCAAAUUGAAUGGCAAUGAACAUUUUAAAAAUUACCUUUCGUUAGUAGUUAUAGCUAUUUAAAUAUUGUUAUUGUAAUUGUCACAUAAGUUUAGUGAAGUUAUAUAGAGAAUUAUUUAAAACUAAAAACAAAAUACGCUACUUUCUACAUCUGUGUUUGUUUUGUAUAUAUAUUGUUUUAUAACAGGCAUACAUCGGUGAGGCUGCUGGAAAAAACAAUUGAUCACUAGAUUAGUUUCAGUACGUGUAUAAACGUGCCUAAAAGACACCCCAAGUCAUCCAGAACCUGAUUUCACCAAGACAAUGUCGCUGUUUAAGAAAUAAAAUGUAAUUUUUAUUGCUAUAAGUGUUACGUCAAACAUGUAUACCUUAUUAAAUACGUGUAAAGGUAGCUUUUGAUACUACUUUCAUUUGCUGCGAGUUAGGCUAUAACUCGAGUUAGGCUAUAACUCUAAAGAGACAAGUUCUAGCAGAUGCACGUACUUAAUUGUUUUUGAGGUACGGUAAUAAACGGAAUUCGUUACACAACCACUUCUUUGAAAAUGUGUGUGCAGAUGUCUGAAAAUUGUAUUAUGUGAUGUAAAUAUACAAUUGAAUUAUUGUGAAUAUUGUCGCUUUGCAUUGUGCUAAUAUGAAUCGGUUUCCUUUGGUUUGCAAUAAAUAGGCAAGAGUUCAAAGUAUAAACCUGAAACGUGAAGAAAAAAACCCAUCACCCUGAAAAACGAAACACAAACAACUUUGAAUAAUAAUGUUAUAUAUUCAACUUGUUUCAAAUAUUCCAAUGUAAACACGCCAAAUGUGAUUAAAAUAUCAUGUUCUUGCUAAAUAUAUCGGGAAAACCGAACCUGUUAUCAUACAUCACCAAACAAUGGACAUUUUAGUAAAAGUAACGUAUUUUGUUCUAAAAAUAGAAUAUUGCAUACACAACUAAAUGAACAUAAUUUGGACUAAUUUCUGAGAAUUACAUUUUUCAAAAUUUCUCUCGUCAAAAAUUAACAGUCGGCGUUUUUGCACAUAUAUUAUAUACAUUAUUUAUCCUAGCGACAAUUUAGACUUCUCGUUAUUGAUGUUAUAACAUCAUUGGAACCGUCUGCUAUCACAAAGAGCAUUCAUAACUAUGAGCUCAGUGAAAUUUGCUACACUUUCUAUAUUAUCAGGAUCCAGUGCUCAAACGAUUACGAUAUAAUAGUUGAGAAAAUUAUCUGACAGUAUACCAUUUCGUUUACUCUGUUAUUAAGUGUUGGGGAAAAGGUUAAGGAUCAACCCCGGGCUCGAAAUAAGAAAUAAAAUGUAGCCUGCUGUUAUUGUUUUUAAAACAGCAGGCCAAAAUAAAUAUAUAUUCUCCUGGGAAGUGUUUUGAAGUUUUUGUCUCACCUAGACAAAAUCAAAAGGUGAGAACCUAUUAUAGGGAUAUGUUUGGAUUUACAGGGCUUCUAGUAUUUUCAAAAAAUCCACUAGUCAUUGAAUCAAUGAUUUUCAAAAUCCACAAGCCAUGGUUAAACAUCUACAAGCCCUCAGACCUGUCAACCUUUAGUAAAGCAAAAGCUGGAGAUGUGUGUUGAAAAAGCAGGAGAUUUUUUUAAAUGUACACAAUUUAACCCAAAAUAGCAAUUUUUG